AUGAAUGCUUACCUCAUGGCACAAGGGUAUGAUGUUUGGCUCAGUGUGAAAGAAGGCUACACAAUAUCUGAGACAACUCUGACUGACAUAGCUGAAAAGAAAAAGGCAAAGAAUAAUGCAAAGACAACCAAUGCCUUGAUGAGCGCAUUGUCUGACACUGAAUUUGCAAGGCCCACUUCUAUCAAGUUUGGUUUGGAUUUUGAUCAUAGAAAUGCAUCAAAGCAAGCUCUUGCUAUUAAAGAAUUGAGUAUGGCUGAAAAUCCGGUGAAGUUUGUUAAAGAAAAAAAAAAAUCUUUUCAGUUCAAAGCUACUCCAAACAAGAGAUCAGUAUCUCAAAAGAAGUCAAAACCAGUUGAUCAAGAUGGGUUUACUCUUGUUGGUUCACAGAAAUUUGGAAGAGGUAGAAGACAAACUCAAAAUAUUUUUCAUGGGUAUUGUUUUGGGUGUAAUUCUUAUGGACAUAGAGUGGUUGAUUGUAGAAAGAAGACCAAGCCUACUAUGGUGACAACCAACAACAAGUUUGCUUCUUUGAUGAAAGAAGGAAUUGAGUGCUACCGGUGUUAUAAGGUUGGUCAUCUAGCAAGGAAUUGUAAUACACUACUUCCAUCUCAGAUAAGAAACUUGAAGACUCCAAAAAGAAGCUCAGGAAAUAAAAUUCAUAACAGUAGCUGA